CAAAAGGGGGAAAAUCUCUAGUUUUCUACAGACCCCGCUACAGUACCUUUUCGCGCUCUGUUAGAGCUGAUUUUGCCUUUCUUGGCCCUGCGAAACCGGCUUCUCUUUCACUUGUGGGGCUUACCACGUCAUGUUCUAAAUUAGGCGAUCUUCGGGCAGCUCGUCUCCUGGCGCAGGGUCCUUGGGCUGAGCCUUGGGGCGACAGCCGGAAAGGCAGGGUCUUUCUUUGGGGCGGUCGCGCGGGCAACAGCUGCGGGAAGCCGGACACGGGGCGACAUGUACUACAAAUUUAGUGGCUUCACGCAGAAAUUGGCAGGAGCAUGGGCUUCCGACGCCUAUAGCCCGCAGGGAUUAAAGCCUGUGGUUUCCACAGAAGCACCACCUAUCAUAUUUGCCACACCAACUAAACUGACUUCCGAUUAUACUGCAUAUGAUUUUGCUGAGAAAAACAAAGUUCCAGAGCUGCAGAAGUUUUUCCAGAAAUCUGAUGGUUUGCCCAUCCACCUGAAACGAGGCCUGCCUGACCAGAUGCUUUACCGGACGACCAUGGCGCUCACGCUGGGCGGGACCAUCUACUGCCUCAUCGCCCUCUACAUGGCGUCGCAGCCCAGAAACAAAUGAGUUCGACUGCGGAGGACUGGUGUGCUUUUUGGCAUAAACCCUUUGAAUUUUUAUUUUUCGUUUCUGUAAAAAAAUUUUUUUACUUGAAUGGCCUACUUAACAUUUUGCAAGAAAAAAAUAGAAUGAUACUAAGACAAUAUUUUGGUUGGCUUAUGCAGUGCACAUGGCCUGUCAGAAUUCUUUCGACAGUUAAAACUAUUGUCCAAAGAAAGGCUGCUGCUGUUCGAGUUGGGGCUUUUGAUUUCCCUGGAGGUUCUGGAUGAAGAUCGCAUACGGACUCAUUAAUGGCAGUCUGUGCAGGUACUUGGGGCCUGAUGGUGGUGUUUCUGAGCAGGAGGUGUAGAAGCUUUUCUGGAUGUGGAUGUGACUGAGGAAGGAAGACAAAAGCCAAGGCCAGGUGCAUGAAACGAGGGGUUUGAGUUAGGCCUUACUUUGGGGAUUUUUUCCAUCUUGCGGUAAAAUUGUUAAUAGAAAUUAUUUGCAACAUGCUUCUGUUCAUCGGGCAGUUUGUUUUAAAGGGUUAUUUGCCUCAUCUCAGAUCUUCAGUGAAAUUUUAUGUAUGAUUGUUAUGUAUUUAUUCCACCGUGGGAACAGAACACCUGUUUAGUGUUGCACUUUAGACUGAUGUCUGUUUUAUCAAUGCAGCUGUGACACAAAGUCUCCUUUAAACCUUUUAAAUUAUGCUUUAUUUUGAUUGUGGAAUAAAUACAUGAAUGGAAAAUCUCAA